AUUCCUAUCUCUCCAGUUCAUCUCCAACAAAGCACAAGCCAAAAGGCACUUCUCUUCUCUGGUCUAUAUCUCAUCUCAAUAAUAAAAAUAGUAAAUUUCUGAAGAAAAACAAAAAGCAAUUAAAAAAAUCUCUCUAAUACGCCAUUAAAGGAAGUAAGAAAGAACCAAAAAGAAAAACAAGGGACGAAAGGGAAGAGAAAAUAGAAAAGAAAAGAAAAGAAAGACGUGUGGAAAAGUUAUAAAGAUCCCCUUCUGUCGUUUUCUUCUUUGUGUGGAAACAUGUGGAGAGCACUGAAGAUUCUAGAAUUAGGGUUUGGAUUUUAUAAAAAACUGUAACGGUGGAUGCUCCACGUCUGUUUUAUAUUCAUUCCUCUCUCUUACUCUCUCAUUAUUAAAGGAAACGGGAUCGGAAACCUGAAACUGGAAAUUUCGUGAGUUCUGUGGGUUUCUUUUCGUUUCUGAAAGAGGAAAGAGGGGAGUUAGGGUUUGAUUUUGGUUUUUGUUAUUUCUGCGGUUUGGAUUUGAGAUUUGAAUGAGCUGCAGAGAUUCGAUGUUUUUUGGCUUGUUUUAGUGAAGAAGAUUUCCAAUUUGGUCAGAAUCUAGGGCGGAGAAUCUUAAAGUUCCGAAAUUUUGGGGCGUUUUGCUUUAAGAAACGAAGCGUUUUGCUCGUUUCAGCUACAGAACUUGGAAUUCAGGUGGAAUUCUAGGGUUCCUGUUGAAGAACAAUAUCUCUCUGUUUUCUUACUGCUUGUAACAGGAAGCAGAGACUGCAUUGAAUCCAAGGUUUUAAACUCAUUUGAUCGAAGGUUUUGAACUGAAGACUUUCAAAACGACGGCUCUCUGCAUUGAGAUUCGGCCAUUUUCUCUGAUUCUUGCAUAGAGACUCACUUGGAAUUCUGAAUACAGGAAAGAGACGGUUCCAUUGUAGUUCAGCUAAAAUGGUAACGAGAACAGUGGACCUCCGAUCCGACACGGUCACCAAACCCACCGAAGCUAUGCGGGCCGCGAUGGCAAAUGCUGAAGUUGAUGAUGAUGUCUUGGGUUUUGAUCCGACUGCCGCCCGUUUUGAAUCAGAGAUGGCGAGGAUCAUGGGCAAGGAAGCGGCUUUAUUCGUUCCUUCAGGCACCAUGGGAAACCUCAUAAGCGUGCUUGUUCACUGUGAGGUUAGAGGAAGUGAAGUUAUUCUUGGAGACAACUGUCAUAUCCAUAUAUACGAAAAUGGAGGCAUUUCGACAAUUGGAGGUGUACAUGCCAAGACUGUAAAGAAUAAUGCAGAUGGAACAAUGGACAUUUCUUUGAUUGAAGCAGCUAUCAGACAUCCGGAAGGAGAGCUUUACUAUCCAACUACUAGGCUCAUCUGCUUGGAGAACACACAUGCUAACUGUGGUGGCAGAUGCGUUUCUGUAGAAUACACAGACAGAGUAGGGGAGAUAGCGAAAAAGCAUGGAUUGAAGCUCCACAUUGAUGGAGCACGCAUUUUCAAUGCAUCAGCUGCUCUUGGAGUUCCUGUUCACAGGCUUGUCCAAGCUGCUGAUUCAGUUUCGGUAUGUAUGUCGAAAGGCUUGGGUGCUCCAGUUGGAUCUGUCAUUGUAGGCUCGAAAAGCUUCAUUUCCAAGGCUAAGAGGCUUAGAAAAACCUUAGGUGGCGGCAUGAGACAGGUUGGAAUCUUAUGUGCUGCAGCUUUUGUGGCACUGAAAGAUAAUGUUGGUAGGCUCGAGGAUGAUCACAGGAAAGCGAAAAUGUUUGCAGAUGGACUGAAUCAAAUCAAAGGACUUAAAGUGGACACAGCUUCGGUGGAGACCAAUAUCAUUUUUUUCGACAUUUUAGAAGGUUCAAAUGUUAAGGUGGAAAAUCUCUGCAAGUUUUUGGAGGAGCAUGGCAUACUUAUGCUCCCAGUGAGCGCAUCCAGUGUCAGGAUCGUUCUUCACCACCAGAUCUCAGAGAACGACAUCCAGUAUGCACUGUCAUGCAUUCAGCAAGCUGUUCUUCAGUUUCAAGCAGGAAAUGAUGGGAAAUGAAGCACAUGCAUCUUGACAUUUUGACGGGAAGUCGUUUUCCUACUUGCACAAAAUAACCACCUCCAUCUACAUCUGGAAAGAAAAGGUGCAGAGAUGGUCUUUUCUUUGUAGUAAGAUAACAUGCUAUGGUUGCAGAAUCUUCAAUUGAAUCUGUAUAAAAAACCGUAGACUUUGCAAUUUCCUGGGCUGUUAUUUAUCAUACUUUCCUGCUUAUUAUCA